GCACCUGGUGUUUGACUUGUCUCUGUAGAUGCUGUGACCAUGGCAUCCCAAGACCAGGUCGUUUUCUGGAGCUAUGGUACCAUCUACAUUGUCAUUCUGGCUGCAGUGAUCACCCUGGUCAUUGGUUUUUGCGUCUCAGGAAAACACUCCAUCAGUGUGACAGCACUGAUGUCUCCAGGGAACAUUGGCCAGCUCAGCAUCCUGGGCUGCACUUUCAAGCCCGACAUCCAGAUGGACAGCAUAGUAAUCCAAUGGGCCAAGGAAGGGGUAGCUGGGCUGGUUCACAUUAAGGGUGGGAAGGACCACCUGCAAGAGCAAGAUCUGUCCUUUCAGGGCCACACGGCCAUGUCUGCGGACCAGGUGAUGGGCAGGAAUGCUUCCCUGGAGCUGAGGAAUGUGCAGCUCUCUGAUGCUGGCACUUACCAGUGCUCUGUCACCACAGCCAGAGGGAGUGGGGAAGCAAUUCUGCAGUACAGGACAGGAGCCUUCAGCAUCCUCGUGGUGCAGGUGAACAACAGCUAUGGGGACACACUGCAGUGUGAAGGCCUGCACUCGUUCCCUUGCCUUGCCGUGCACUGUACAGCCUACAGUGACACUGGGGAGCACCUGCCCCAUGCUGCCAACACCAGCUACGAGUUGAACCCCAAAAACGUCACUAUGAGGGUGGCUUCCCUCCUGCACAACAUCACUGCUAAUGCUAUCUACACCUGUGUGAUUGAAAACAGCAUUGCCAAGGCUAUGGGCAACAUCAGAGUGACAGAUUUCAGUGUUACAAAGGUGACCAACUUGCAGCUGGUGAACCUGAAUGCAGAGUCAGUGUCAUCCUCCUUUCUAGCUUGUCACUGGAUGCUCUUGCUUCCCUUGUACCUGCUAUCACCACAAAGCCUCUAAAAAGCAAUUGGAAACUCUGCUGGACCUGGAGGUAAGCUUGGGAAGAGAAACUUCCACAUGUACAAAAUAUGUAGAUCCUCUUUGGGAGUUUGGCUGCAGCAGCAGACCUAUCCCAAGCCUGCCAGAAUGGGAGAAUGUGUCUUUCCCCUCUGCCCACGCUUUCCUCAUCCCCACCUUUAGGUGGGAAACAUGGCUUGUUCCUCCCACAGGCUUCUCCCAUCACUUUCUGCAACCACAGAGACCCUUCUCUUGCACCAUCAACUCUCAGCUCUCGUUUGUCCCCUCGUUCUCUUUCUACUGCACCCUCUGGACCUGGGCUGCAGUUUAUGGCUGCAAGGCCACAAAAGGGCUUAGGGCUUUUAUCUCUCCCUCCCUGCUUGCAGGACCUGCUACAGUACAAGGCUUGCUUGCUCCCAGUUUACUCACACAACUCCACACUACAGUGUGCUGUCUCCAGUAAAUACUACAGAUACCUUGAACGUGGCUAGAGGGAGCUGCCAGCCUGAGCCAAUCCCCUGCAGACCUGGAAUAAGGAGGGCUUACACAGCCAAAGCACAGGACACCUGCCUUCAGUAUUCAUCAGCUUUGGCUUUGGGUGGUAGGACCUGGAGGUGAACUGGUGAAAGGAUGAGCUAAAGAAAAUCAGCUGA